AUGCAACUUUUCAGGAUCAACCUCUAUCGACAACUCUUGUCUUUAAUCGCAGUUUUAGCAGUUCUUGCCGGUCAAGCUAUUGCUUACAAUACCAACUGCCCUACCAAUGGUGCGUUUUGUAUCCAUAGCUUCAUUGAUUCUCAAGGCAACGCAGUAUUCACCGUCCAUUCCAGUGCUCAAGGUUGGGCCGCAUUUGGAACUGGUAACUCAAUGUCGGGAUCGUCAAUGGUUAUUGGAUGGAUCAACUCUACAAACGGGGUUGCUAUUUCCAAUCGCAUCUCAACAGGGCACGCAGUUCCUGCUGCUGCGCCUGCUGAGUUUGCUGUCCAGCUUCCACUUCAGAUUCCUAACCCUCCAUGGGCAAUCAUUUCCUUUUCCUUUAAAUGGGCCCCUUCUUCAAAUAUUGCUCCUCUCACUAGUCCAGGAAAUUAUAUAUAUGCUGCGUUUAGUGAUAAACUCUCACCGGGUGGUGGUUUGCCUGUGCACAAUUCUCGUGGCUCAAUCAAGGCAUUUGACUACAACACCGCUGCUCCCAGUGUCGAUGGCGGCACUGCAAAUUCUACUCAAUCGGGAACCUCAAAAAGCACUGCUAUUCUAUCCUCUACACCUGACCUUUAUAAAACGAUUGUAGUCUUGCAUGGUGUCGGCAUGUUUGUCGCUUGGGGCAUUGCACCGUUUUUUGGAAUAUUCAUUGCACGCUAUUUGAAGGAAAAACUAGAUGUCUGGUGGUAUCGACUGCAUCUAAUUAUCAUGUUUGUAUUUUGUUUUGUUUUGACCAUUGGUUCUACCGUGAUCAUUUAUCUGUACAAAACACCUCCUCACUUUCAGGAUGUUCACCGGAUGUUGGGUAUUAUCGUCUCGGUAUCUGUCAUCAUUCAGGUGAUUAUGGGCUUCGUCUCCAAUGCAUUGUAUAAUAAAGGACGCGAGCGCAUUCCUAUCUGGGACAAAGUUCAUUGGUGGUUUGGUCGACUCGUGUGUGCAGCUGGUGCUGCCAACCUAUUUCUUGGUCUCUUGAUGUACCACGAUAUGGGAUAUACGAUGCCAUACUGGCUACCCAUUAUUCUUGGUGUAUACUUCUUUGGCUCAUUUGUCAUGUUUAGUCUUGGUGAGCGCUACUAUGGUAAAGUGGAUCAUAUUAAGCUUUCUGGUGACCCGUCUCUCCGCCAAAGCUACUACAAGCCCUCCAUGUCCAAUCCUCGACCUCUAUCUACAAAGAGUGGAUAUCCUGAUGAUCAUAAUAGCUUUGGGCGUCCAAGUAUUCCUCCACAACCAUUUGACGAUGCUGCCAAUGACCGCUAUAGCAGAUACACUGCUGCACGAUACAGCGCUGUAACUCCGUCCCAAGGUCGUAGUAAUGACCGUAGUUUGAAUCGUCGUGAUGAUUACCAAUUAGGCACGAGCUACCGAUGA